GUUUGGUGUCAAAGAAGGCAAUUGCAUAAUUCGAUCUAAAAUUGGACUAAGGACUUCCAGUGAAGAUGCACAAAAUUUUUUGAGUUUCAAAUCCUGUUAGAAAACAAGAGUUCUUCACAUACACGAGAGCAACGGAGACGGUUACAGAUUGCCAGUGCUUCACGGCAGACCUGAUCGGGGUGCUCCCAGUCCCCAGGCACCAAGAACGCAGAGAAAGAGAGAGACCGGCAGAGAGAAAAAGAGAAAGCAUUCAGUUAAAAUCAACGAUCGCCCGUCUCAGCUUUGACUUUACAAAGGGAAUUUACAGAUUAAUUUGAGAUGUCACUGUUCAGGAUGAAAAUCCAGCCAAAUCAGAAGAUAGAUUUAACAUGUUAGACAAAAACAUGACGGUUGACAACUAGAAGACACUGGGAAGUAUUGUUUGUGCACAAACAUUGUUAAUUUUCUGCAAGAUUGCUUUUCUUCUUUUAAAACACAAUGUCUGUGCUGGCCAGAGCUGAAGAGUGCAGGCUAUACUGUAAAGCAUCCCAUAUCUCAGGCACAGAAGGUGUGAGACAGAUUAACAGGACAACCAGCAGCGAUGGGACUAAAACCUGCUCCAGACUUUAUCUUGCCUUCAUAUUAAUACUGCUCACAUUGACACCAAGAGUGGACUCUUCCUGGUGGUACAUUGGGGCUCUGGGAGCCCGUGUGAUCUGUGACAACAUCCCGGGACUGGUGAACAAGCAGCGACAGUUGUGUCAGAAGCAUCCUGAUAUCAUGCAAUCAAUAGGGGAAGGAGCCAUGGAGUGGAUCCGGGAAUGUCAGCAUCAAUUCCGGCACCACAGAUGGAACUGUAGCACCCUGGCCAGGGACCACACUGUAUUUGGCAAAGUAAUGUUGCGUAGUAGCCGAGAGGCUGCUUUUGUCUAUGCCAUAUCCUCUGCUGGGGUUGUGUAUGCCAUCACACGAGCCUGUAGCCAAGGGGACCUGAAUACCUGUGGCUGUGACCCACGGAAGAGGGGCAAGGCCCGGGACCUGAGAGGGGAAUUCGACUGGGGAGGCUGCAGCGACAACAUCAACUAUGGAAUAAAGUUCUCCAAGGCCUUUGUGGAUGCCAAGGAGAAGAAGGAGAAAGAUGCCAGGGCACUGAUGAACCUCCACAAUAACCGAUGCGGCAGGACGGCUGUAAAGCGGUUCAUGAAGCUCGAAUGCAAAUGCCAUGGAGUCAGUGGCUCGUGUACACUACGGACUUGUUGGUUAGCUAUGUCGGACUUUAGGAAAACUGGAGAUUACCUGAGAAAAAAAUAUAACUUGGCAAUCCAAGUUACUAUGAACCAGGACGGAACUGGUUUCACUGUCACCAACAGGCACUCAGGCAGGUUGAUCAAAAAUGAGCUGGUGUACUUCGAAAACUCGCCUGAUUACUGUGUCAUGGAUAAGGCAGCAGGAUCUUUGGGCACAGCUGGGAGAGUGUGCAACAAGUCCUCCAGGGGUAUGGACGGAUGCGAAGUGAUGUGUUGCGGCCGGGGCUAUGACACAACACGGGUCGCACGUGUUACCAAGUGUGAGUGCAAGUUCCACUGGUGCUGUGCAGUCAAGUGCAAGGAAUGCCAAGAGACAGUCGACUUCCACACCUGCAAAGCACCAAAACGUGCAGAGUGGCUGGAUCAGACUUGAUUGCAGCAAGCAGUGCUGCCUCAAUAUGGGAUAUGCGUGGAAGCGCGUGGCAUUUUGGGAGUUGUAGUUUAGCUGCAUGGCUUUUCAUUUUAAUUAAUACUCUGCAAAGCACCAAGGUGGACUACACCUCCCAGGGGACCAUUUUGAACUAUUGGACAUGUUCAGUAAAUCACCGCAUAUUCCUUAUCAAUGGGGGAAAUAGCAAUCUAAGUAUAAAUCCUGAACCUUACAAUUUGCAAUGUUUUAUUUUAAAUGGAACAGUGAAACUGACCAUUGAACAAAAGACUUUAUAAAAUGAAGGACAUGGCCUCUAUAGCUGUCGUAACGAGGACCUCCCUGUAGCAUCAGCUGCAUGUGACUAAUAUCUCCAGUCUGGUAUUUCUUAUUUUUUUAUUGGUAUGUCAAUGCCUUAUUAAUAAGUGGAAAAGCUGCUGACUGCUCCUUACGAUCAUUCAGAGGGGUGUGAAGCUGCAUUCUGUACCAGAGAACAAGGGCUUGCACUUUCUGAAGGCAGUUGUGUAACUGUAUUAACAAGACAACCUGCACUAUGGACAUUAGCUAUGAAAGGAUAGCAGAGAGUGUGUGUGAAAGAGAGAGAGAGAGAGAGAGAGAGAGAGAGAGAGAGAGAGAAAGAGACUUAUUGGGAUAUGACUAUCUGUUGAUUUGAAUUCAUUUCAGGAGCUACAGCCUUCAACUGUAAAGGGAUAUCUAUGAAGACAUUAGGGAAUAAGGUUAAGCUCUGGCUUGCUGCUGCUGAUUUCAAUAGUGCAAACUCACCUGUACUUUUUUAUGGUUUAAUAUUUUUUUUAAAUAUUGUAAUAAUUCUUACACUGCUAUCAGUAUGUUAAUGUUUGGCAGACUCCAAGUGCUGUUCCUGCAGUCUAAGUUGAUGCAAGAAGUUGCAUUAUACACUGUACUGUAGUUUUAAGCCACCCCACCUAAGCAUCCUGUUUGUAAUUCCACCGAGAAACUUUUUUUUCUAAUUAAAAUGAGAGAAAAAAAUUGGGAUGGAUCCCAUGUCCUGUAUAUUUAAAGUUCUGUCUCCAGUUGUAGGCUAGUCAAGAGAAUAAUCUUAAAGUUAGAGUGGGCCACAUGAGUGAAAUAACAUUUUCACAGAAUAGCUAUUGAAAAUCUGGGACUUUUUCCCCAGUGGUAGCAAGGUACUGAUUGGCUGGAGUGAUGGAUAAGGAGGGAGACACUAACUUCAUUCCCACCCUGAGCAAAAACACCCUAAUACUGUGAAAGACCCAGACUACCAAAGUGUGGCUGGAAGUACACAGGAAAUGCUAUUUAUUAUCCAAUCAAUUACAUUUUCAGUUGAAAGAUAUAGUAGCAACUAUAAGCUCUCAUAAAGAGCCCAGCUAGUACCAUUAACUUGCCUCAAACAUUGCGAUUGUUUGUUUCUUUCUUUCUUGUAUAAAUUUUGGGUUUGGUGCUUUUCUGCUUGACUUUGUUAUUUAUUGUAUAUAGAUUCCGUAUAAAGAUGGAGCUGCUUAUUUAAUGGGUUCUGUAUUUGAGUGAUGCUGUUAAUAGGGAUUCUGGGGGUGAGAUGGUUUAUUUAAAGGAUUCUAAAUUAGAGUACACUCU